CAGAGAGAGCCAACGAAUGCGUCUGCAUGUCUGAGUCAGUCAGUGCAUCGAUUCCUCCUCCAGUGGACCGAGCCAGACAGCAUCCAAUUGAAGAGUGCCUCUCCUGGGCUUGAGCGCUGCUCAGAGCCAUUGAUUCCACGAGGGAACCACAGACACUGGCAGGAGGACUGGAGGAGGUGGAGGAAAGGGGAGGAGGGACACCGGUUAACAGAUUAAAGCCCUCUCUGUUUCUCUCUCUCUUUCAUUCCCUCUGAGUGAGGAGAGACAACUCUAGGCACUGCAUGCUGUAAUCACAUUGCUUCUGUGUAAUUUGCUCCUCUCAAUUACUUGUCCUUCCUCCUCUUUUUUUACACUGCUGCGGUCUGGAGGAAAGGCAGAGCACGAUUUAAAAGAACUUGUGGGUCUCUUGUGCUGCCUCCUCUUUCUCCCUCUCUCCUUCUUUCUCUCGCUUUUUUUUAAAUGUAAGUGGAAGGUGGGAUUGGGGGGAGUGGGGAUAAACCGUUGCGGCCAGCUGGAGAGAUGGGCAAGUCCAACAGCAAACUAAAGCCUGAGGUAGUGGAAGAGCUGUGCAGAAAGACCUACUUUACAGAGAAGGAAGUUCAGCAGUGUUGUUUGCCCUCUUUGGUGUCUCUUUCAUCUCAGUUUGAUGAUGGACGCAUUGAGUUCUCAGAGUUUAUUCAAGCUCUGUCUGUCACAUCCAGAGGGACACUGGAUGAAAAACUCAGAUGGGCCUUUAAACUUUACGAUCUUGAUAAUGAUGGCUUCAUAACCCGAGAUGAGAUGCUGAACAUUGUGGACGCCAUCUACCAGAUGGUGGGGAACACAGUGGAGUUACCUGAGGAGGAAAACACACCAGAGAAGCGAGUCGACCGCAUCUUUGCUAUGAUGGAUAAGAAUGCAGAUGGGAUGUUGACUCUGCAGGAGUUUCAGGAGGGCUCCAAGGCAGACCCCUCAAUUGUUCAGGCACUCUCCCUUUAUGACGGCCUGGUGUAAGCCCAUCUCAAAGUGGCAUUCAGUAAUCAAUACAGCCCAUUUAUGUCAUCCUGCUGGCACUGUGAGAGGAAAGCUGACUUGUCACCCAUCUCUUGGACCUGCCAACAUCAAGGUUCAUUGUGGGUGCUGCUCUCAAGAGGGGAUCAGCUGUCAAUCACUCAUCUCCACUGUCACUGGAAAACCAAAAUCCGCUCAAGACAACGUAAAUCCUUGCAGAACUCAUUUGGGAUGAGUGUAAAGAAGAAGAGACACUCAUAUAGACAGUGACUUUGAGGGCAUCCACAUCAGUGUUAUUAAAUGUAUAACUCAAAUAUUCUAAACACCAAUGAAUGAGUUCCUUAUAGCUGUGGGCAUUGUCAUAGGAUGGACCUAGCUGGAUUUUGGUCUAUCCAUCAUUACAUGAUGAACGAAGAUGCAGUUGCACCGUUCCACAGAGCUUCAGCAAGCACUGGCAUUGAACAACAUGCAUUUAGUUGUAUUUAUUUAUAUAACCUUUCUAUGUAAAUUAGCAAUCUUCAACAAUAAACAAAAACCUAUAAAUCUCCUUAUAAAUCUCAUGCUUAUUCUUGAGACUUGACAGUUAACGUCUGACAGCCAUGAUGUAUUAUACUUAGACUGUAACUACUCACAUGCCACUGCUUUGCUUGACCCGU